UAUACUUAGGAAAUGACUUCUGGCAGUUUCGUUUUCGAUAUGCUGUGUGUUGGCUAAACGGGAAGGGUGUGCUACAGUCGAAUAAGGUUGUUUUUCUACAGUUUUAACUUUGCUUAGCAGAAUGGCUAGUCCAUACGGAGAUAUCACCAAAGUAGAAACUACUGGAGCCUCCGACAAAACAGCAAAACAAUGCCACUCAUCUGCAGGCGUGGAAGCCUCCCAGAAGCUUGCUAACGAAGAUUUGGAGCGCAUGAAGACGUACAAAAAUAUUAUCUUUAGUGUAGGGCGUGAUAAACAAAUUGAUCCAGCAGUGAUUGCUGGCAUUAUCUCUCGAGAGUCAAGAGCAGGGGCAGCACUUAAGGAUGGAUGGGGAGACUAUGGAAAUGCGUUUGGACUCAUGCAGAUUGAUAAACGUUAUCACACCAUUAGGGGAGAAUGGUACAGUGAAACUCAUCUCAGUGAUGCAACGCAGAUUUUGGUUGAUUUCAUUAAGGUGAUCCAAAGAAAGUUUCCUACAUGGCCAAAAGACCAUCAACUAAAAGGUGGGAUUUCAGCCUAUAAUGCCGGAGACCGAAAUGUCAGAACCUAUGACAAAAUGGAUAUUGGGACUACUGGAGAUGAUUAUGCCAAUGAUGUUGUUGCUAGAGCACAAUGGUACAAGAAGAAUGGCUUUUAAGAAAAAUGAUUUUGUAUUUCUAUGUCUCAAUAUGUAUCAAUUGUAAAAAAAAUGCUGAUAUUUUGUAAGAAAAGGAAUGCAAUGCAACUUACCCGUGAUCUAAAAUAUUAACCCUGCAUCACUACGACUACUGCUAUUAAAUUCUGAGAAAUAUAUAUCCAGCACUUGCA